UGUUGUGUAAGAUAAACCUUCGAGUGGGGUAUAAUGUUAUCGUUUUGACAAACAUUACGUCUGUGUUCGUUCCGGGUUUUCAGGAUGUUCACUUGGAGGGUAUGAAAUUCAUUAGUCUUCAUUGCCUGUAUGUACUACUUUUUCAAGGCAGCUGGAAUGUGUUUAUUGAGGGCCACGUGGCAAGUCGACGUAGA